AUGGAUGAAGAUAAUGAAGUAGUGGCUAUGUUGUUAAAUGUAGGUAAAAAAAUUAAUAAAAACCAAGAACAAUUAAAACCUUUUAUUAAAAAAAUUGUAGAAGAUAAUUGGCUUGAUUCAUUAGAAAGUUUAAAAAGUUUAAGUGAAGAUGAAUGGAAUAAAUUAAAUUUACCUAUAAGAUUAAUAGACGAAAUUAAAAAAGAACUAAGUAUAAAAGAAAAGGAAAAUAAUACUAAAAAUAAUGAAUUAAAUGAAUCAAACUUCGCAAAUAAUUAUAAAUGUAAAAAGGGACCCACGAAUAUAUGUGAGGAAGAGAAAAAAACUAAUAUUAAUUUAAAUAAAAAAAUGAAAAAGAAUAAAUGUGAUGAUAAUGAAAAAAAUAUUAUUGAUAUAAAAAAUUAUAACAUGAGAAAUUUUAAUAUUUUAACUGAUAAUCAUUCAGAAGUGAAAAAUGAGAUGCCCAUUUUAAGUAAUCAUGAACACAUUGAGUGUAAUGAACAGAAAAACGUUGAAACAGCAAAAUUAGAAAAUAAGGAAUUAUUAAAAAAUUCUAUAAUAAAAUUUAACAAAGAAAAGUAUGAGGAAUUAAUUAAUAAUAACAUUAAUGAUAUUCAAAAUGAAGAUAUUUUUUAUUUAUCUUAUGAUAAUGACAUUAGUGAAACCUACUACCAUUCAAACGAUGAAACAUUAAAAAGUGUUAAUAUUAUUAACGAAAUAGAAAAUCUGAAAAAAAUUGAGAUUAACGAUCUAAAAAUUAUAAUUCCAAUUUUUUGUAAAAUUAUUAAAAAUAUAUUAAUAAACCCAAAUAUAUUAAAAACAAGAAUUUUAAAAUCAACUAAUGACAUUAUGAAAAAUAAGAUUUUGAAGUAUGAUGAAUCUAGAAAUUUCUUAUUUUUUAUUGGUUUUGUUAAAAUAGCUUCUUAUUUUGUUAUGGAAAAGGUUGAUACUGUUUUAUUACUAUGUAUUUAUGAUAAUUUGAAAAAUUUUGCUAAAGGUUCUAUAAAAAUGGAUGCUAAACCUAAAACAUUAUUUGACCCUUUUAAAUCGAGUAUUGUUUGUUUAGACACUUUAAAAAAAAGCAAAUUAAAAACAGAUAACGAAAUGGAUCAAAUUUUAAAAAAAAAAAAAGAACAAGUUGAAAAAUUAAUGAGUCAAACAACUGAACUUAAUCCUAAAAUAUAUUUGUAUCAGAAAAAUGUCAAUGAAAAUAAAAUCAAUAAAAAUUUUGAUUCAUCAGAUACAGAUAAAGAUGAAAGUAAGGAAGAUGUAUCUCAUCUUAUAUCAAAUAUUAAAAAUUUAUAUAAGGAGCAAACUUUUCAAUCAAAAACUAAGUUGGAGUUAGAGAAAAUUUCCAAUAGAAAAGUUUAUGUUAAAACUGUUUUAAAAAUAUUAUUUCCAGAUUUUUAUGUAUUAGAAAUGUCUUUUUCUUCAGGAACAUUAAUAAAAGAAGUAAAUGAAUGCAUAAAAAAGUUUUUACAUGAUUCAAUUUCUUCAAGAGAGUGGUAUAUAUAUGAAACUCCAGGUAUAUAUAAAUUUGAUCCUCAAAAAAAAUUAUCUGAUUACAACUUAUUUCCACAUGCUCUUUUAAGAUUUAAACUAGUUGAUAAAAGUAAUAAUUUAGUGAACACUCGUUUUUUAUCUGAUGAAGCAAUUUCAAAAUAUUUUCAAUUAAAAUAA